AAAAAAUAACAAAUACUAAAUUGAGCACUUCAACUUUUUUUUCUUAGUUUCCAAGUCAAGAGUGGCGUUUGUGAUGACGCUUUCAUGCAGCAAUAGUUCAAUAUACAAAUCAUAAAACCUCUUUUAAACCCUUAGAAAAAAUACAUACUCCAAAACUAUACACAAAAACAUAAGGAACUUAGUUGUAUACCUCUUCAGUAACAUAAAGCGUAUGAAGAUUGAUACUGUUUCUGGAGAAAGGAAAUCACGCAAGAGACGCAGUGGUGGAAGAAGGGACUCAGUGGAAGAUACUCUUGAGAAGUGGAAGAAAUACAAUAAGCAACAGCAACAAAAACUUGGAUGUGGAGAUAAUGGAGCUGAAAAGAUUCACAAAGCUCCUGCAAAAGGUUCAAGAAAAGGGUGCAUGAGAGGUAAAGGUGGUCCUCAGAAUUCAGAUUGCAAUUUCAGAGGAGUUAGACAGAGGAUUUGGGGUAAAUGGGUUGCAGAGAUUCGUGAGCCUAUCAAUGGUAAACAUAUUGGUGAGAAAGCAAAUAGGCUUUGGCUUGGUACUUUCUCUACAGCACAUGAAGCUGCUCUUGCUUAUGAUAAAGCAGCUAAGGCUAUGUAUGGACCUAGUGCUCGUUUGAACUUUCCUAGUGGAUCACCACCUUCAUCGUCAAGUGGUGGUUCUGUUGAUUCUUUGAAUGGUGAGGAGGAUCUUGCAAAAGUUGAAGAGUUGGAGGGUAAUCUUCAUCAGUCUGAUGAAGAGAAUAAGAUUCUUUCUGAAGAUUUUGUUGCUGAUGACGACUCGGUAGAGGAAUUGAAGGACGGGAUAAUAGCUGGCACUGUCCAAUGUAAAACCAAUAAGAGAUGUAAGAAAAUUGUUCAUCAAGAGUCCUACAAGAAUGUUAAAUCUGAAACACGUGGAGAAAACGAACUGCUAGAGAGUGAAUCAGAGAAGGUUUUGGAGAAUUCUGGCAUGGGUGGAGAGUGUUAUCAUGUACAGAAGGAGUAUAUAGAUUUAGCCAUGAACUCAGGAGCUGAUUGUGGAUCUUCUGAUAUAGCAGAAAAUGGGAUUCUGGUGAAGAGUGAGGAAACAAUCAGAGGAUCAGUGGAGGAUUUGGAAUCCUUUGAGUUGAACUGCAACAACAAUUUCCUUGGAAACCUGCACAAUAUGCUUCCAGAUAUCAAUCCAAGACCAGAUUCUGAGUAUUCUAACAUCAAAACCGACGCUUCUCUUGCAAAGACACAUAAGAAUGGACAUUUUGAUGAGAUGAAAAAUGAGCUUAAGGGAUUGGAAUGCAAGCUGAGAGGCCAAUCUAUUGAUUGCGAAAAUGACGAGGCUCAGAGAUUACCUUGCGUGCAGGGAAUUCGUUUGUUUGGUGGUGGCAGUGUUGGACCAAUUGAAAGAAUGUCCCAAGUUGAGGCUUUGAACAACAAUACUAAUAAAAGCAGUAAUUUAAAAGAGAGAGGAAAUAAUGGAAGUGCACCUCAUGGAUUUAGUUCAGAGCAAAGUAGGAAGCUGAGUGAUCUUUCUCAACAGCUCCAGAAAUUGGGAGGUUACUUGCCUGAAAAUUGGAAUAAUAUGCAGUUUGCAGAUCUUGAAGUUGGUUAUGAUUAUAGUUUCUUAAAACCUGAUUAUGAUUUUGGCUUACUAGAAGAGCAGAAGUUGCUAGAUAUAUGUUUUUCACAUAUAGGAUCUUAAAGUUUCUUGCUGUUUACAUGGUUUUUUUUGUUUUUCACUUUGGUGAGGUUAUUUGUAGCAGAGUCUUUUUUUCCCACCUCAGUGAUUCAAGUAAUACCAUGUUUCUGCUUUCUAUUCAGCAUCUCAAUAAUGUAAAGAUGCUCUGUGUACUAUGCUCUGUGUACUAUGAACUUUCAAUUGAAUUAUAAUUAUAACUAUGA